AUGGUGGGCGGGCCACAGAAUUUUAUCCCAGGCUCGAAAGUCUUGGCAUACCAUGGUCCUCUAGUUUACGAGGCGAAGGUCCUAAAGUAUCACAAGGAAGGACUGGAGCUCGUGGAUGUAGAGGAAGAAAAAAGCGAGCCACUUGACAAAAACAAGAUCCCUGGGUUCCUUCUUGAUAAGAACGCCUAUUUUUUGCACUACAAAGGAUGGAACCCUAAGUGGGACGAGUGGGUCUCGUCGGAGAGAAUCAUUGAGUUUAACGACGACAACUUAGGACUUUCCAGGGAGCUUCGGAAUGCAAGAAAGAAGACGGUAGAAAGACUCGACUCGGGAAAAGAGGCGAAGGCCGAAGCCGCAGAGCAAAAAAGCCGACGUGGGCGCAGAAAAAACGCCCCUACGGAAGCAUCUACGAACCACUCGGGGCCUUCCAAGGAUCAGUCCAAGCCUAACAGCAAUGGGAGAAAAAGGCAGAAAACAGAGCCACAUGCAGGCUACGAGGUGAUGCUACCUUUUAGCCCCAGGCUUAAGUGUGUGAUGGUCGAUGACUGGGAGUUGAUUACAAAGGACCGCAAGUUGGUCAAUCUCGAGACAGUAACACCUGUGCUGACGAUUCUUAAAGAGUACUACGAGUGGAAGCGAGCUGGACAGAGCAUAGAACUCACACGAACAACGGAAGAAGCGUUGAGUGGCUUGAAAAUCUUGUUCGACCAGACCUUUGGCUUGGAUCUUCUAUACAAAUUCGAGAGGCUCCAAUACAGCGAGCUCUUCCGGACCAGAAAGAACUUUGAACCGUCUAAUGUUUAUGGUUGUGAGCACUUGCUACGACUAAUUAUCACGCUCCCUGGCCGUGUUUCCCAGACCGUCAUGGACGCCAUGAGUGUCAACAUCAUGAUGGGACAAAUGAGUGACCUCCUCGAAUACAUCGACGCGAACAUGGCUACCCUCGGCAGCUCCUACAUGAACGUCAGCUCGCAGUAUGACCGCGUGGCUAGAAUGUGA